AUGCCUCGCCGCCAGUUCGUGGCAGACCUCGAAAAGGUCAAGACUGGCACGCUACCACUCGGAAUCAGCGACGUCAAGGCCGGCGAGGAUGACGGCCAGGUGGAAUUUCGCUUUUCUUCGGUCAAGAUCACCGCUAUGGUGACAGAUCUUGCCGACUAUCCGAAGUCUCACGAGUACAUGGUUUUUGGCGAUGACGACGCGCCUCGCGACAUCUCUAACGCCCUUCAAGGCGUGCGAGGGACUGACCGCAAAACCGUCUUUGAAAUGCUGGACAUCAUCUCCACCACUCUGUCGCGAGCCCAGCCCGAUAGAGACGGGGACUCGCAGAUGCAAGACUCUGCUUGCGACGACGAAGAAGACGACCUGCCCGAGAAUGACGAUAGUGACGCCAGUGACGGCUUUGAUGAUGGCUUUGGAUCAGAUAACGAGCGCUUUGGCUUCACACAGCCAACUGCAACUUCUGCAACCACCACUGCCGCUAGCCAGCCGAUACCGACAUCCACGCGCUUAUUCAGACAGCGCAUUCGAGAAGACUUGCGAGUCGCUAAAGCUGCUGGCUUCAAGGUCGGGGUUCUCGGCCACCUUCUCCAUGGCAACAAUUCAUAUGUCACCAUUUCCAUCCGCAUUGCCAAGCUCGGCAUCUCAGAGGAAGCCAUGCAAGCCUGGCAGCUAGAGCCGUCAGAGUAUCUCACUUUGAUCAUCCAGUAUCCCAACGGCUACAAGACGAACGAAGAGUUUGCGGCAUACGACAGCAUUCGCUUAGCACCGAACAUUGCCAUGAGAGUCGUAGUGGGCAAGCGAUACAAGCCUACUCUUCAAGAAGCCAUCAAAGCUUUCACCGUCGUCAAGAAGAAUGACCGAAGCAGUAUCAGUGUGACGGAUCUUCCGAAAGCCGACGAGCACGCCGCGGAGAUCUCUUCAAUCCGUGAGACCUUCAUCUCCAAGCCUUUGGUUGGCCUGAUGCAAGAGCGCUUGAUCCCAAUCAUUCGCUUCCGUGGCGCGGGUCUGGACUGGCAGGGCGCAGAAAGUCAUUAUCAAUAUCAAGUCAGUUCCGCAGGAACCGCGGCCAACGCGGACAUGAUCGCAGACGAACACUUCGAGAGGGAAGUAAUCAGCGAAGCCUUCCCCAACAUCAUGCGCGCUGAUCACUACGCACAAUAUGUCGCGCGAGGCAAGUUCAACUUCUCAUUCCCGCUCCUGGCCAUGCAGUUCGCCCUUCGACACUUCGUACGCUGCACCGAAUUCUGCCUGGUCUGCCAUCGUAAACUCAACAGCGAAGUCGAAGCCAUCAAGCCGUACGUGUGCGACGAUAGCUUGUGCCUUUAUCAAUAUAUGUCGCUAGGUCUUGGUCCCAGCAUUGAGCAUGAGUUGAUUGCGCAGCCCUACACUGUCGAUCUGCUAGUGUCAUUUUGCUAUAGUAGCGCCAUGUCUCGGAAGCUGAAAGACUUCCCGGACGGCCUUUCUCUGACAGUGCUGCCCGUCAAUCCCAAAGCGUACAACGUCGCCGACCCGUAUGCGUACUAUGGCUAUCGUGGUGGUGUAAAGCCUGCUACCGAGAGCAAGACCUUGGAUAGUCGCGUCGACAACACCGCCUGCGAGGUGGGCUAUGAUCGACAGAAAGGCGAGCUGAUCUUCUUUGCGAAGCCUGAUGUGUGUCCGGUGCGUUCUGGAGACUGGAUUGUUAUUACCUCGCCCACCAUCGGCGACCUUGACCUUCACUGCCGGGUGAAAGACACCUCUUUCUAUCCAACCGUCUCCGUUUACCAGCCUAUCGAGCUUCCGCAACAGCACCAGUCUGACGAUCCGAACUCCUUAAACGGCCGACCACAGACACCCGCGAGCACUACACCGAACAGUCCGGCCAUCUCGUCGUCCAACUGGGUGCAGGCCUCUUUCCAAGUCUACAACCAAGACUUCGCGAAGCUCAGCCAGAACGACAAGUGCCUGUCCAUCUGCCGCCUACUUGAGACGCUGCCACCAGUGCUUGAGAUGCGGGACUAUCUCACCAAGACGAAUUCGGCGGAUCUGAAGAAGUGGAUUGAGCGAAUUUCACCAUCCGCUCUGAGCCUGCUUCGUUGGAUCAUUGCCAGCAACCGAUCUUGCAUCAUGCAAGUCGAUGGUGAUGAAACUGGUACGGCAAGCAAUGGCAGCAAGAAGCCUGUCACGGUCUUCAGCAAAUCCCAAGAGAGGUGCUAUGGUAUGAAGGACUAUAUGCAGUUCCGCUUCGCCAUGGGCGCUCCAGACAAGGAGCAGCGAUUCAUCAACGAGGUGCGAGCUACGACCGAUCGACUCGGGCUGCAAUAUCCAACUAUUUUUGCUUGGCAUGGCUCGCCGCUACACAAUUGGCACAUGAUCAUUCGUGAAGGCCUGCACUUCAAGAAUGCCGAUCAUGGCCGCGCUUUCGGCGAUGGUGUCUAUCAUGCGAAAGACGCUCAAAUCAGCACGGGCUAUUCAAAUGUGGCUUCCUAUGGGGGCUCAGGACGAUUUUACUCAUCUUGGCCAAACAGUUCGUUGCGCAUCUCCAGCGCGCUUGCACUCAACGAAAUCGUCAAUGCGCCUGCUGAAUUCACCUCCAGCAACCCAUACUACGUUGUGAAGCAGCUCGACUGGAUUCAGACGCGAUAUCUCUUCGUCAACGUCGCACCAAAGUCUGACAGCGUCAAGAUCGGCGCAGAUGUCAAGCCGCAGAACGCUCAUCCGCAGGACCCAAUCCACACUCCUAAAGGCAUCAGCGAUGCCGUUGUGAUUCCUGCUUCGGCGAUCAAGUCGAGCAAGACUGCUCGUGGUGUUGCUGUGAAGGAGACUGCUCCCAAGAACCCGAAUCCGUCCAAGAAGAUGAAGCUCUUUGGUAGCGCUACUGCCAUCAAUCCUAUUGUGAUCGAUGAUGACUCGGACGGUGCGAGCGUCGCGACUGAUACCGAAGAUCGGGAGAUUCUGCUCGACGAGCCAGAGGUUGUUGAGCCUCCACAAGUCGCCAACGUUGACAAGAAAUCGGCAGGCAAAGCAAUUGUCAAGAAUGCUCUGCAGACAGACUUCGUGCCCGGUUCUCUCGACUUCAAAGACCUACCACUGAUGCCUUUGCCCGAGUAUGCGACCUCAGCCACAACAAAGCGCCUCAUGAAGGAACUGCAGAAUCUCGCCAAAGUGCAGGAGUCAACAUCUCCUGCCGAGCUUGGGUGGUACAUCGACGUGGAGAAGAUUGACAAUGCAUACCAGUGGAUCGUCGAGCUACACUCGUUUCACACCUUUGAGAAGCUUCCACUGGCAGAUGAGAUGAAGAAGCAGAAUAUCAAGAGUAUCGUUCUCGAAAUCCGUUUCAAUAAGGAUUUCCCAUUCACGCCACCAUAUGUGAGAGUGGUUCGGCCUCAAUUCCUCACCUUCAACCAAGGCGGCGGAGGUCACAUCGUGAUGGGUGGCGCCAUGUGCAUGGAGCUUCUCACCAACACUGGCUGGAGCUCCGUAUCCACGAUGGAGUCUGUUCUCAUGCAGAUCCGGAUGGCCAUUGCCAGCGAGCCCUACGCACGACUCAACAAAAACGCCAAAAACGACUAUGGUGUCGGCGAGGCUGCUGAGGGCUAUAUGAGGGCUUGUGCUACUCAUGGCUGGCAAGUGCCUCCUGGUUUCAAAGAGAUGGCGUACGGGAUGAAGAAAGGCUCCGACGAAUAGAAAGCGCUCGCGAUUCGCGCAGCUAUUGAAUGGUCCAAGAGAUGCUAUCAUCAGAGCCGGAAAAGAAUAGAGAGACACACACAUCAUACAGGAAAAUUAUGUCGGGUGCUCAUGGUUAUCGGCGCGAGAGCACAGGAUCGCUGAAUUCGAAGCGCAUUGCAUUGCAUGAAAUGGAAAGUCAUAGCGUCGGCGUUGGGAAUUGUCGCUGGCUGAUGGCCGGCUUGACUUCAGAGCACAGUAUGAAUGGAUGGAUGGAUGGAUGAAUAGAAGACGCGAGUUGCUACACUCGAAUCUUCCGCAACCCUGUUUCCAU